GUAGGCACAGGCAGUAGAAUAGGCAUGUCUCCCUUGCAGCCUCGGUAUGAUCCCCAACCCAGCCAUGAACCUCGGUCUGGCGAGUAUUGUAAACGGUAAAUAAACGGAUGAUGAUGGGAAAAUGUACUCAUGAAGCCUGUGCUGCUAAAAGUUCUGUGAAGAGCGCACGCCUGGAUGGAUCUGUGGUUUUGACUGCGGGAGAAUGUGAGUGGAAAGAGUGGAAUGACAUAUGAUGAGUGGGUUCCACAACGGGCGAAAAUGUGGUAGUGCGGACCAGUGAAUGAGUCGAGAGUGGGCUACAGGUGGGGGUCGAGUUUGUGAGGGAGUGGCUGCCACAGAACUGGGAGGAAUCGCAGAGGCCCACACUGCGAGUUUGGUUUACGGUGGAUAAUCCAGUGCCAGUCUCCUUCGCACGAGGAGGAGGAAAGGGAAGAGUACGAGGGCGUGAUUUGUGCAAUUAGACGUGUGAGUCCGUGGGAUUUGUCGGAUCUCACAAUUGAUUGCCAACUGGGUCCGAGCCAUCUUUCGUGGGCAAGACUCAACUGUAGACUGAGAUUCCUCUGAACUCUGAUGGUAGAAAUGUUCAAUGCGUUUAUCGGAAAGAACCUGUCGCCUGUGCUCUGGGCACCCGGAUACGAAACCAGUCUAUGAAGAGACUAAUCGUGCGGAACUUGAAGGAUCCGGGACGUAUCGAAGAUUGGACACCCACAUUCUUUGACAGACGCAGGCAAUCGAGAAGUCGUCCUCGCGAAUGAAUCAACUCCAGGUGCAGUAACACCAGAGUUGAGCGACCCGGCCUUCUGAGUAUUUGUACAAAAUCCAAAUAAAGAAUAGCUGCGGGUUAGUUUUUCAUCGAAUGGUUCAGGAUAGCCGUAGUUAGCCAUUAGGAUCAAAUAUCUAUAUAUUCAAAAGUGGGCUCAAGUAUGACAGUCUACACCAGCAAUUCGCCGAAGAAGGCCCAUGCCCACAGGUGGUCAGAUACAAGGCGGCGGAUCUUUCACAAGAAAUAUGCUUGUCUCUGGAUUCUUAUUGCCUUACUUCCGUUUCUUGUGCUCAGACUGGUCUUCUUUUACGCCUCACCUUUUCUCUUAUUUGGAGCACCAGCUGAGAAUGAAGCAGAGCUUAGAACUGAACUGGAAUUCCCAUCUCCUGGUGUUUCUCGUUCCGUUCAUAAGCAGUCAGCGCUCCCACCUGAUGUGAAUGCUGUAAAAUCACAACCAAAUCCUGAACCCUCACCAUCUCCGCACACGGAAUCAAAAGCUCCCAUUGUAGUUCAACCACCAACCGAAGCUGACGCCGAUGACCAGGAAUCCGAAUUGGUAGAGCUUACUUCGUCUUCAGCAAAGGAGGACGUGGAGAAGGACGAAGAUCUUGGCUUGCCCGAAGAUAAUGAGAAGAAAGCAGCCGAGACUUGGCAAGCACCUCCUGAAAAUACGAAUGUAGACGAUAAUCAAGGGAUAGAACAGGUUACGAUCAGCAACGCGUCCGCAUUGGCGCCUGCAGCUCCUGGAGAAUGCGACCUUUAUGAUGGAGAUUGGGUGUAUGAUCCUGAGGGCCCAUUGUACACAAACGCUACUUGCUUCUAUAUGCAAGGUCAUCAAAACUGCAUGAGGAACGGAAGGCCGGACUCAGCCUACAUGUAUUGGAAGUGGCAACCACGAUUCUGUGAACUGCCUCGGUUUGAUGGCAAGGCUUUUCUGACCAAGUUUUGGGGCAAGACGAUUGGUUUCGUGGGAGAUUCUCUGUCACGUAAUCAGAUGCAGUCUCUUUUGUGCAUGCUAUCGCAGGUGGAGAUUCCUGAUAUGGUGUAUCAAAAUGAAGGUGACAAGAACGUCCGGUGGCUGUUCAAGAAGCAUCAAGUCACUCUAGCAACGAUAUGGUCUCCUUAUCUCCUCAAGGAAACGCUUGUAGAACUUAAGGGGAUUGAGGAAGGUCAGAGCAAGCUAUUCACAGACACCUUAGAUGAGGAGUGGACGUCUGUAAUGAAGGACUUCGACGUCAUGGUUCUCUCUAUUGGUCAGUGGUACUUCAAGUCAUCUAUAUACAUAGAAAACGACGAGAUUAUUGGUUGCCAUUAUUGCCCAGGACACAAUUACACAGAGAUUGGGUUCUUCCAAGCUUACAGGAAGGCCGUUCGGAGUGUUCUGGACAAGGUGACCAAAGAUUACCAAGGCCUCGCUAUUAUGAGCACGUUUGCCUUGGAGCAUUUCGAGAAUGGAUCUUGGGAUAAUGGUGGAGCCUGCAGAAGGGAACAGCCCCUCAAGAAAGAAGAAUGGCCCCUACAAGGACUGAACUACGAUAUGCAUGAAAUCGUCAUGCAGGAGUAUCAAACUACCGUUCAAAGGAAGAAGAGACCGAACAAGAAGGUGCAGUUAGGACUUCUGGAUGUGACCAAACUGUCAUUGCUACGAGCUGAUGGUCACCCCGGUCCAUUUCGUGAUUACCAUCCAUUUGAAGGCAAACCACCGGGCACUCAUGUUCAAAAUGAUUGUCUGCAUUGGUGCUUGCCUGGGCCCGUUGACACUUGGAACCAAUUUCUUGUGCAGAUUGUUUCUUCUCGCCUAAGGAUUUAACCAUCUGGUUCUUCUUCAACAUUGUCCACGUAAAUACGAUGGAGAUCGAUCCCAACAAUGUCAGCGUCCAGUUGUGUUACGAAGUUUGAGAUCAUCAAAAGUGAAGGCAACUUGACACAGCUUUUCAAGAUCCAUAACACAUAGUCGAAGUGCAGAUGAUCCUUCGGUGUUAACACAAUCUGGGAGUACAGUACGGAUGAUGUUUAGUAUCAGCUUCAUCCAUCUUUGUGUUGUACCUGCAGCACCUUCCACUUCAUGGUAUUUGAGCUCCUGCGUUGUGCGAACGAGUCCACCGCACCCACUGCAGUCUCUCGUCAAAAAAGUGUGAGCUCCAGUGAGCUAUGAUGAGACCAACGGGAAAGCCACUGGAGAAAGACAUCAAUAUAUUGCACCAUCCACAUCAUCUGGAAGUUCCCAUGUAAUUAACAGCCGACAGACAGACAGACAGACAAUAACAUAUCCUGGUAGCACAUGGCUUUGAUCUUCUCAAAACUCAUACCCUUUAGAAUAUAACAAUUUUUCGCUCACCAAGCUUGUUAGUUCUGCGCCAGGAUGACAGGGACUACUUACAACAAAGCUUUCAAGCUCGAACGCCCCGCAUAGUGAGGAAGGCUCCAUGCGCCUCAACUCGAAGAUCUGUUUAGCGCAUCAACGCACUGUCAACCUGACGAUUAUUCGGCGGGCGUCACGGGUGUUAAUACGCUAAACAGGAAUUCACUGAUGUCUAGCGAACGAGUUGUGUUUUUGAAUGUCGCUCGCUAUCUUAAAUCAAGGACUAAGCUAUUGCUCAGUCCACCUUGUCGAAACAUGUUGAACAUGUUUGUUUCAUUCGUUUCGUCUUUCAUUUGUGUGACGAUGUAUCGGAAGCAAUGAUAUCAAACGGUCGAAAG